AGUAAAUGGCAAAUUACGCAUCUCGGUGUGCGUAAUUGCGCAUCCCUUACUAUUUUUAUUUGAAAAGUUUUUUUUUACUUGCAAAUGAUACAUAAUACACCCAACAGGACGUAAACAGCCUAGUGCCGAGCAAUGAAUCGGAUGCGCGCGGGUGUGAGCAGGUGCGCGCAGAUGCGCGCUUGGCGUACACACAUUUGUGUGCCAAGGCAUUUGUUGUUUUGCGCACAGAGGAUAAAGAGCUCCGGGAAGUCUAUCAGAAGAAAGAAAGAAAGAAAGAAAGAACGAACAGAAAUGGCACGCAAAGCGUCACUUUCCUUGCUGGAAGCAGUGGCAAUGGUAACGGAGCCUGGCAGUGACGCCGAGUCCGAUGUGGACACUUUUUAUACAGAUGAAGAGUUGGAUUACCUGGAGGAUCUGGACCCUAUUGAAGAUGCUGAGUCAGAGGAUGUUCCUCAGGCUCCUCCAGAUUCCCCUGUGCCAUUCACUUCAGGUGUCUCCCCAGCUUCAUCAGUGUCUACAACCCCAGCCACCCGUCCAGAACCAUCAACACCUUCAACACCUACGAUCUCCUCUGAGAGCAGGAGGAGGGGCAGGGAUGGAGGACAUGGAAGAUCCAGAUCUCCACUCCUCAGUACUUCAUCUCCAUCACCACACUUACUAACCACACACACCAGGAAGACCGCAGCAGGCAAACCUCCCCACCGCACCCUCCGCGACCCCCUGCACCCCUGCCCCCCGUGCACGAGCUCACUCACCUGCUCCGGAGUGUGCACGCGCGCCGGCGGAGAGCGUCAGGAGAAGUGGCACCAGCGGCAGCCGGAGGAACACACGGCCAGUCCAAUUACGCACGGAUCCAAACCGAGCCCCCGUGGUAGUCCGGCGGGUCCAGAGCGCGGACAUGAUGCACGGGGAGGAGGGCGUCCGAAAAAAACAGAAAAGAAGGGAAAUAUCCACGUGCCUAUCCUGUGCUCCGUGCGCGUGGUGGAUCGUACGUCCUGCAAACGAGUCACGGACAUGUUCAGCGUGGACUUUGUUUAUGCCUGCGAGUGCGGCUUUGAAAGUGACAGCUCUGAACCAGAAACCAGAACCGCCGUCAUGGUAACCACAUAA